AUGCUCUGAUUUAUGAAGCUUUGGUAGGCUAUGAACGCUGGCUCACUAAUCAAGAACGGGCAACGCAUGAGCAAGAUUAUUUAUGGGUAUAUUAACAAGUCUCUACCUCUCAAGAAAGGAUUCUAGGUCUUUAAAGAAAUAAAAUUUGCAUAUGAACCACUUAAUAAUCUAAUUGAACUGCAACAACUGAAUUCUUCACAAUGAUAAUAGUCGAUAACUUUCCCGUCAAUAAUAACACCAUAGGGGAUAAAAGAAUCAAAAGUACUCUGAUGCCAUCUGAAAACAGAGAAAUUACUGUCAUAAAUAGUCCUAAACCAGUCGGCGAUACUCGCAAUGUGGCACUAGAAAAAAGUAUAAAUUUUCUUAAAAAUCAACAUGAUGUCAUGCUGAAAGGAUUACAUCAGGAAGUCGAAUCCUUGAAAAAGAUAAACAAAGACUUGCAAUACCGCCUGGUUAUGUGCACGUGUUCUGCUGGCGAAAAGAUGUUUACAAGUAAACCAAUAGAGAGAGACGAAACGUCUUUAAAAAAGGAAAUACUGGCUCUUCAGGCAGACCUUGAGAAUGAAAAAAGGAAGAAUACAUCUCUGAUUAAACAACUUGAAGCAUUACAGGUGUCUCAAAAUUUACCAAAGGGACUUCCAAGGUACAAAUGUAAAGAUGAAAUAUUAACAAACUCUUCGGAGCAAAAGAAUUCUACAGAUGCAUGUGAAGUACCCGAGAGUUUGCGUAACGACCGGGACCGGAAUGAUAGUGGAGGAGUUUUGGAGGAAAACCAAGGAGUUUGUAGUAAAUAUGUCGAUGUUACAUUGAAUGCAAAUAAUGAAAGUGCCAAUAAUCAGAUGAUGAGGACAAUGACAACAUCACCAUCAGUAUCAACAGUAAACCGACUACCAUUAAAUAUAUCAGAAUGUAAUUUAUGGAAAAGGAAUAUUUCUCAUUCAUAUGAUAAUGAUGUUUAUGAGAAAGAUGAAACUGCAAAUAAAUCUAAUGGAUUGACAGGAACACGUUUACUGCCUAUUCGAUUACCAGCAUUGAAUUUUCGAAAACCGCUUAUACAAGCCUCAUUGAGUGAACAAACUAAAAGUGAUUCACCUACUAAAGGUACAAAAUACUCUGCGGUAAACAGUUCAUUAGAAAAUGAAAAGGUAAUGAACAAUGAGUUGAAUCAAAUUCAGAGAACACGUUCAGCAAAAAGUCUAUCAGGAAAUAAUAAUAUUGCUGUCUUUGAACCAUCAAAUGAUUUGUCAACUUCAUCAAAAAAUACUAACAAUUCACAAUCACAUCAACAACAUCAACAUGACUUAAAUUUACGUAAAAUUACACAAGCCUAUUCAAUUGGUCUACGACCAUUUCUACCAUCAUUAACAAAAUCAUCUACAGACAUGAUAACAAGUUCAAAUGAUCGACAUAAAAAGUCAAAAAAUUCACAACGUAAACGUUCACAACACAAUCUUUAUCCAUUUUAAUGUAUAAAUAAAUCAUGUACAAUUUACAAAAAGAGAGAGGGAAACUAUGUUUUAAUGUGUGUUGGAAUAGGCAACAAAUUGAAGCAGGUAGUAGUGAUUAUGAGGUAAUUUCUACCUGUUUUAAGCUAAAUUCUCUUGUUUUCAUAUUUUAUGAGUAAUAAAAACAAGCAGUAACGAUUAUUACUAUUAUUAUUAUUGCUACAUCAUUCACUAAUAAAUAUGCAUCACCUAACGUCACACAAUCAUUCAAACAGAUUAAAGUAUGCACACACACACACACACAUUGGACAGUGUUCAACUAUCAAUACAAUAAAAUUAAAGAAGUGGAGAAAAUUAAGAAAAUAAACAGAUUGUACGGAUUUAUACUACUCAGACACUGAAUGACUUCUCCAUCACACUGAUGUAAUGAAUAUCUAUCUUAUAAAUAGAGUAUUCAGUCUGCAUCACUUAUUUGUUUUAAUUUAAUGAACAAUUUCGCUUUCGUGUUUUUUUUUCUUCCUAUAUACACCCCCAUUUUGAACUAAUAUAAAAGUACUCGAAAAUUCGCUUACGCAUUCACAUGUGUAUACAAACAGUAACUCGUAUUUUACCUACAUAUCCUCCUAUGUAUGCAGACAUAUCUUUAUUCAAGUGAUAAGGGAGAACUGGCUAAAUUUGUCACUGUAUUAAAUAUAAAACGAAAAAUGGUAUGUUCGUUGGUAAUAUAUAAUACACAUUGUAUGUACUUAUGCUAAUAAUAUAUAGCCUACCAUAAUGUUUUCCUAACUACUUUAUUACUCUUUUCCCUUUUUCUUUUGAUUAGUAUAUCUAAACAAUAUACUUAUUGAUUUGCGUCCAUUGAUCAAUAUACAGUUCCAUAUGUAGAAAUGUUAAAGAUUAACUAUCUAACAUUGUUUUCAUCUUCCACGGUUGUUGUUUUCUUUUUUCGGUUUGAUAAAAUUUUGCUCAGUCAAAGAAAGGAAGAUGAAAUCUGUGAUAAUAUUAAAAAUACUUGAAUAAAGAGUAUACAAUAUUCUUCUUAUGAAUGUAUAUUUGUU